GCUCCUUCAGCUAAUUAUUAAUGGCUGGUCCCUCCCUGCUAUAGGGAUCGCUCAUAGCUCAUGGUGGGUAGGUGAUAUAUAGAGCUGACAGCUGGAGGGUCUCCUCAUCAUCCUCCUCCAUUGAGAAGACCUCUCAUCAUGAGGGUACUGCUGGUGUGGCUUGCACUGGGCUACUGGCUCCCUGGGUGUGCAGAGAAUAUAUGGCAUAGGUUUGCAAGGCUGCCUUUCCCAAAAGAUAACUUGUUCCUCUAUGACACCUUUCCCCAGGACUUCAUGUGGGCAGUGGGCACAGCUGCAUAUCAGGUGGAGGGUGGCUGGCAGCAGGAUGGCAGGGCACCCUCUAUAUGGGACACACAUUGCCACAAGGAUGGACGUGCCACAGGAGAUGUGGCCAGUGACAGCUACAACAACCUCUACAGGGACACAGCAGCUCUCCAGAUUUUGGGGGUCUCGCACUACAGGUCCAUUUCUUGGUCCAGGUUGUUUCCUAAUGGGACUGAUGCAGGUCCCAGCCAGGCAGGGUAUUCAUAUUACAGGGCACUCAUCGAUAGGUUAAAGGAGGUGGGUAUAAAACCUGUGGUUACCCUUUACCACUGGGACCUACCUCAGAAGCUACAGGAUAUCUAUGGUGGAUGGGUCAAUGAGGCCAUGGUGGGGUUUUUUGAAGCCUAUUCUAAAGCUUGUUUUAACCUUUGAAAAGAUGUGAAGUAUUGGAUUACUAUCGACAAUCCGUAUGCGGUAGCUUGGCAUGGAUAUUCUACUGGCAGUUUGCCCCCUGGCAUUAAAGGGAGAAUACUUGGGUACAAAGCUGGACAUAAUCUCAUAAAGGCUCAUGCUCGUGUAUGGCAUCUUUACGACACAGAAUUCCGUCCCCUACAAAAAGGUCAAGUGUCUAUAGCGCUGGCUUCUCAUUGGAUAGACCCAGUAAAUGUGACGCAACACUGCAUCCAGGAAUCUAGGAAAUCCCUUGAUUUUGUCUUGGGAUGGUUUGCUAGGCCAAUAUUUAUUGAUGGUGACUAUCCUCCAUCUAUGAAGCACAACCUAUCUUCCCUUCUGCCUGAGUUUACUGAAGAGGAGAAAAGGUUCAAUAAAGGAACAGCUGACUUUUUUGCUCUUUCCUUUGGGCCCAUAUUGAGUUUUCAAAUGCUGGACCCAGAUAUGAAGUUCAGACAGAUGGAAUCCUUAUCUCUGAGGAUGCUUCUUUACUGGAUAAGCACAGAGUACAACCAAGUACCAAUAUUUAUUGUAGAGAACAGCUGGCUUAUUGCAGCCUUUACCAAGCGGGAAGAUGCAAAGUAUAUGUAUUAUCUGAAGACGUUUGUCAUGGAGACUUUAAAGGCAAUCAGAAUAGACGGAGUGAACGUCAUUGGGUACACCGCCUGGUCUCUUAUGGACGGUUUUGAGUGGCACAGAGAGUACAAGAUCCGACGUGGAUUAUUUUAUGUCGAUUUUGCAAGCCAGAACAAAAAACUAAUGCCCAAAUCUUCAGCUUUAUUCUAUCAGCAACUUAUUAAAAAGAAUGGAUUCCCUCCGCUGCAAGAGAAUCAACCUGCCCAAGGAACAUUUCCAUGUAGCUUUGCUUGGGGAGUUACUGCUUCCACAAUACAGAUUGACACAAUACCCGCCCAGUUCAAUGACCCUAGUGUCUACGUAUGGGACAUGAAUAAGACAAAGGGGCUUACGAAGGUGGACGGUCUGAAAAUGCCAAGAAGAAAGACCCAUUGUGCAGACUAUGCUUCUAUAAGGCUUCAAAUAUCUAUGCUACAGUCAACACACAUUGACCAUUUUUACUUCUCACUGAAAUGGAGUUCUAUUGUUCCGCAUGGGAACAUUUCCCAGAUCAAUCACAGCAUCUUACACUAUUACCAGUGUUUUGUAAGUGAGCUUGUACGAGUUAACAUUACACCGGUAGUUUCUUUGUGGCAGCCUAUGGCCAAGCACCAAGGAAUGCCUUCAAAGUUCUAUAAAAUGGGAGGAUGGGACUAUAUACACACUGUUGACGCAUUUGUUGAAUAUGCUAGGCUGUGCUUCAAAGAGCUUGGAAAUUAUGUGGCCAUCUGGAUAACCAUGCACGAGCCCCCGGUGAGAAAUCUAACCUCAACAUCAGGGCACAACCUCCUAAAGGCCCAUGCCUUAGCUUGGCAUCUGUAUGACAAAGAAUUCCGAAAGACACAAAAAGGAAAAAUUUCUCUGGCCCUGCAGGCCGAUUGGGUGGAACCAGCGUCUCCUUUUUCUCGAAAUGACAACAACACAAGUGAGAGGGUCUUAGAAUUUGAGAUCGGCCGUCUAGCAGAUCCAAUUUUUCUCAGUGGAGAUUAUCCAAAAGUAAUGCGUGAAUGGUUAAGCCAGAGGAACAGUCAUGGAGUAUUUGACUUUCAUUUACCUCAUUUUACAGAGAAUGAAAAGAAGUUGAUCAAAGGGACCUUUGAUUUUUUUGCUUUAACCCAUUAUACUACUGAACUUGUGCACUGGGAGAUGGAAGAUACUGUAAGAUAUGAUUAUGGACUUGAAGUUCAGUUUAUUACUGAUAGUACGUUCCUACAUUCCCCACACAAGUAUGCUGUGGUUCCUUGGGGACUGCGUAAAAUAUUGAACUGGAUAAAAUCCAAGUAUGGAGAUGUCCCAAUUUAUGUCCUGGGAAAUGGAAUUGACGAUGGAAAACUGGAUGAUAAACUGAGGAUCUAUUAUAUUCAACAUUAUAUUAAUGAAGCUUUAAAAGCCACCCUGAUAGAUGGAGUUGACCUUCGUGGAUAUUUUGUUUAUUCCUUCACUGACAAGAUGGACCCCCAGUUUGGCAUGUUUAAAUAUGUCGCCAAUAAAUACGAGGCUAAAGAUUCAAAGACUAUAUAUAGAAGAAUCAUAGAUAACAAUGGAUUUCCAAGUGUGGACGCCACUCCUGCCCCUUGUCCGGAGGAGAUUUUUGAAUGCGCGGACUGUCACAUGUUUCAGACUAGAAAAUAUUUGUUUGCUUUUGUGGCUUUUAUGUGUUUUGUAUUCAUUGUCUCUGUCUUUAUGAUCACGUAUUAUUCAAAAAAGGGCAAAAGGAGAUAUAAGUAGAGAAAGCAAACAUUUGGUAGAGACAGGUUGGGUAGAGAAGGGCCCUGGUGGACGGCCCUUUGGCUCUUACGCCACCAGUUGUCUUUCAUGUCAGCCAUAUCAUCUGUAGGAAAUCCUGUUGACAGUUUCCAAAGUGACUUGGUGGGUCCUAAAUAUUUUGCACAGUUUAGUAUCUGUUUCAUGAAGAUGGUGCUGAGAACACCACUAUUUGCAGAGCUGACUCUUAAAACUGUGAAUUCAUACAUAGACAGUAAUGUAAAAAUAGUGAUAUAAACUAGGUCUGUGCUUUGUAGAGCUCUAUUUUUGAAUACACCCCCUGUUGGAAUCUUUACUGAAUGUUCUGUAAUUUUAAAUUAAAUGAUUUUAUACUGUUAGGUCCAGUAUCAGACGCUUAGGAGAAUUGACCAAUCAUAUUUAUUAGCAGACAUUCUAUUGGCUCAUUUGUUUAUGUGAAUCUCAUCGUAGUACCCAGCAUUUAUAACUCUCACUCUCACACAGCAUUUAUAGCAUCUCAGAACACUGCAUGUGUCGUCAGACCAUUCACAGAUGCCAGUCCAUUUGCUAGCACUGGAGAGACGUUCUAAGAUGUCUCAGCAGGACCUGCCUCCCAGCCAAUCAAUGGCUGAGCUGUAACACACUGCAGACAGUGAUUGGCUGAGCGAGCAAUUCCUGCACUGAUGUCUGGUCUUAGAGGUAUAAAUGAGCAGAGGGACUGGAAGUUACUGGACUGGGGUAGGUCAGUGGCGUUGCUAGGGUUGGUGUCACCCGGUGCGGUAGAAAAUGGUGUCAACCCCAUACCUACCCCCCCCCUCAGUAAGUUUUUAGCCUGUUGUGACAGACACCACUGUUGUAGCGCAUUGUGAGAAAUUCCAGUAUAAUAAUCAGAUAUACCAGUUGCCACAGAAUGGGAAAGUGUUAAAAAAGUUUUGACCAUUUAAAUAUACAGCUCCCAGAAUUACUUAAAGGGGUACUCCACUGGAAAACACUUACUUUUAUAUCAACUGGUGCCAGAAAGUUAAACAGAUUUUUAAAUUACUUCUAUUUAAAAUCUUAAUCCUUACAGUACUUAUAAGCUGUUGUAUUCUCCACGGGAAGUUGUGCAGUUCUUUCCAGUCUGUUCACAGUGCUCUGUCUGUCCAUGUUCGGAACUGUCAAGAGCAGGAUAGGUUUGCAAUUGGGAUUAGCUCCUACUAUGGACAGUUCUUGACAUGGACAGAGGUGUCAGCACAGAGCACCGCGGUCAGACAGAAAAUAAAUUAAAAAAGUAAAGAACUUCCUGUGAAUCACUUAUACAGCAGCUAAUAAGUACUGGAAGGAUUAAGAUUUUUAAGUAGAAGUAAUUUAUAAAUCUGUUCAACUUUGUAGCACCAGUUGAUUAAAAAUAAUGUUUUCCAGUAGAGUACCCCUUUAUGCAGUGGUAAGGUUAUGCUGGGAGUUGUAGUUUCACUCAUCAUAACUGUAGAACUGACAAGGGACUACAGCUCUGAUAGGACAUAGAGAGGAGAAUGUACAAUGAUAUCAGUGACUACAGGUGACGUCUUCUCUAUAGUGAGGAGAAUACACAAUGAUACCAGUGACUACAGGUGACGUCUUCUCUAUAGUCUUCCCUUAUCUAAUUCAGAUGGUACAUACAGCCGGGUCCAGCUAAAACUUCUGUCUGUAGAAUGUGACGCCCAGACGUCUCCUCACUAUGUCAGCGCAUUCUCAUCCUCUAUAUGAAAACAAGUAUUAUUAUAAACCUGCCAGACACUGUAUCCUCUAAAUAUAAUGCUACUAUACACUAUACUCUUUGAUUAUAAACCUUCCAUACACCGUACCCACUGAAUAUAAUACUACCACACACUGUUCAUUCUGAAUAUAAUACCAACACAUACUGUACACUCUGAAUAUAAAUCUGCCACAUACUGUACCCUCUGAAUAUAAAUCUGCCACAUACUGUACCCUCUGAAUAUAAAUCUGGUGGUGUUGCUAGUGGAUGAUGGGGGUGCUAGUACUGGGGGGGGGGGGUGUUGCUGGAGGAUGAUGAGGGUGCUACUGGCCAUCCCCCUGGCAGUAUCACCCCCAUCAUCCAUCGGCAGGAUCAUCCUCCUGGCAGGAGCACCGCCAUCAUCCACCAUCAGGAUCUGCUGAUGGAGGUGCUGCUGCUGGGGGGGGUUUGCCGGUGGAUGAUGAGGGUGCUACUGCCAGGGGGGAGCAUUAGGUAGGCAGCAGUUCCCCCACUUAAGGUAGGUAGCAUUUCCCCCACAUUAGGUAGGUAGCAGUUUCCCCACAAAAGGUAGCAUAGAUUCCCCACAUUUGGUACCAGUUACCCCACAUUAAGUAAUAAUUUCCCCACAUUAGGUAGCACAGAUUCCCCACAUUAGGUAGCACAGAUUCCACACAUUAGGUAGUACAGAUUCCACACAUUAGGUAGCACAGAUUCCACACAUUAGGUAGCAGUAUCCCCACAUUAGGUAGCACAGAUUCCCCACAUUAGGUAGCAGCUUUCCCACAUUAUGUAGCAGCUUUGGCACAUUAGGUAGCAGUUUUCCAACAUUAGGUAGCAGUUUCCCCACAUUAGGUAGCAGUUUCCCCACAUUAGGUAGCAUAGAUUCCCCACAUUUGGUAGUAGUUUCCCCCCAUUAGGCCGCAGGUUCCCUUGCAUGUUCCCCACAAUAGGUCAAAGUCUCCCCACAUUAGAUCGCUGGUUCAAACA